AUGUUUUCAACAAUCUUGAUAUAUUUUCCUAUUUUUCUAAUAUUUGUUUCGACUACAUAUACUCAACAGUUUCAAUGGAUUUUACUCAGUGAUGGUUCAAGUACAGAUACACCAGUAGCACGACGUGAUGCUGCACUUGGUUUUGAUCAAACAUUUCUUAUUUUAUACGGUGGUCGGACUCAAACAGGAAUACCUCUUCAAGAUUGUUAUUCAUUCAAUCUUCUAACAGGUCAAUGGGAUCCACUUACUUUUCCAGCACCACCUCCGAGUCGUUACGGUAUGGCAUCAGCUAGUGCGAUAAAUGGUGGUUUAUAUAUAUUUGGUGGUUUUGGUUUACAAGGCUCAAGUCCAUAUUAUAAUCCAUAUUUGUCUUAUGCAGCUGCUCAAGAUGUUCCAAAUUAUAAUUAUGAAACACCACCAAAUUUUAUUCAAAAUCCAACAUUAAUGAAUAAUCCAAAUUUUAUUAACAAUCCAAAUUAUAAUCCAUUGAGUGGAACUGGUUAUAAUAAUGCUAAAAAUUAUAAUGAUGAUGAUGAUCGUGCUGAUGAAAAUUAUUAUCCAUUUCGAGAUGCUUGGUUUCUUAGUUAUGCUACAAAAACUUGGCAGGAAACGCAAACAUCACAAUAUGCCCGUGGUUUUGGCUCAGCAACUAUUUCAACACUUGCGGCUGAUGUGCCAAAAGUUGUAUAUACUAUGGGUAAAUCACGCGAUACGAUGUAUUCAUUUGUUGAAAUCAUUGGAAAGGGUACAUCAGGUCUUAGUCAAACUAGUACUACACAAGCAGCAAUGAUUAUGAAUGAUUUAUCAUCAUAUAGUCCAGCGUAUCCACAUGCUCGCUAUGGACAUUCUACUGCGUUACUUACUGAUAAUCAUCUUUUACUUUUCGGUGGAUGUUUAAGUGGUUAUGGAAAAGGUGGUCCAUGUCCAUCAAAAGAUUCUUGGUUAUUAUCUAUUGAUAGUGGACAUUGGGAACGUUUAGGUGAAUGUCCACCAACAAAAACAGGAGCUGCUAUGGUUACACUUCCUUCAUAUAGUACAUGUGGUGGAGUGGGUCUAGGUGCAGCAGAUAUGUCAGCAAGUAUGAGUCUAGGAGUUGAACAAUCCGUAGCUGUCUUAUGGGGUGGCCGUGAAUUUAAUCCAUCAUCCAUUCGUACUUAUCCAAGUCCACGUGACGAAAUAGCUGUAUUUAGCUUAAGUCAAAAAGAGUGGCAUUUAAAACGAGCAGCUCCAUCUCCAACAGAUGGUAGCUAUCCAAUGCAAAGAGAAGGUGCUGCUUUUGUUGCUGGAUGUUUUCAAGGUGCACCUGGUAUGUUUAUUUUUGGUGGACGAGCUACAACUGAUCGUCGUUUACUUUCUGAUCUUUGGUUUCUACAAGUAUCACCACAAGAUGCACUAUCUGCACCGAAUUCACGCGGAUGUAUUUAUCCAUUUUCAUAUUAUCAUCUUCACGGUAUAUUUCAAUUUUUUACUUAUGGUGUUAUUUUUCCCAUUGGCUAUUUUGUCGGUCGACAUGCUAUAAAUUCACCUGUUCGACGACCUUUACAUAUGAUUUUACAAAUUUUUGGUGUUGCAUUAGCUAUAUGUGGUUUUUCUUUUGGUAUACAUUCUAUUCGUGCACCAGCACGACUUCAUUUUAAACAUGCUCAUGCUAUUAUUGGUAUCAUAACAUUUAUAUUAACAAUUCUUCAAUUUCUUAUGGGAAUACUUGGUGCUUUAAUUUUAAAAAGACAGCCGAGUAAUAUUGAACGUCUUAGUGGAUCAAGUCAUAAAGGUAGUCAAGAAGGAUUUACUCAAGAUACAUGGGGUGGUGGAGGCGCAUGGCGUAUUAUUCAUCGUAUAUUAGGUUCAAUUAUAUUAGCACUUGGAUUAGUAAAUAUAUCAUUAGGUGUCUUUCUUGCUGUUUUACCAUUACCUGUUUGGAUUGUUUGGUAUGUUUAUAUGGGUCUUCUUGUGAUUGUUCUUGUCAUCAUGGAAAUUAUUGCUCUUGUACGCCAUCGUCAUACUGGUGGUGGAAGUUCAUUUAAACCAAAAGACAUACGUCAGGAUCCCAAAGGUACAUCACAAUUAUCAUUAAAAUAUUCCGAAGAACCAACUCAACACCAAUCAUCUAUUGUAGUACCAGCACCACGUCGUAAUUUUGGUCGUCUUCCACCAUCUCAUUCACCAACAUUUGAUAAUAGUGUAUAUAGAAAUGGUGGUAAUAGUAAUGGAAGUAUUCUUGAUGAUAUGUCACCACUUGUAUCUAAUCAAAGACAACCUCGACCUGGUGAUGUUAGUGCAUCAGUUAGUCUUCCAGAAUAUAAUCGACAUAAUGAUAAAGAAUAUCCAAUAUCAACAAGAAAAAGGAGUAGACCAGGUGAAAUUGAUGAUGUUGGAUAUUAUGUUGGUUAUUCACCAGAGCAUGAACCACAAUCGUUACGACCGGUAUCCCAGCAACAAGUCGAGCACAGUCUCACUCGAGUUAGGCUCCAAUAA